AAACAAAGGUGUUGAAACACAACUUAUCUCAACAGAGUAGAUGCACAUAUUUUUCAUUGUGAAAAUGCUAAGAAUUAAUCUGUUUAGUAAUACUGUACAACCAACCACAUCAUUCGUACAACACAUGUACAGUAUGACUUGCAAUAUUUGGCAAUAAACAGUAGAAUCACAAUUGUAAUUGCCAUAGAUCAAAUAACCAAAGAUCAAAAAAUAGAGCAACAUUUGAGUGGAGGGGAAUAGCGUUCUUUAACUUUUGCACGUCUGUGUCUUAAAUCAAAUUGAGACAGGUGUUGCCCAGGGUUUGGAUCAGGAUGGGCUGUGAAGGAAAUACAGAAAAGAUUCUGAAGGGGCCUGAUCCUGAGGAAAAAAAUGUGAAGAACUGAUAGACAUAAGAAGGACUCCAGUUCUGUUUGGGAAAACGUUGUCUCUGAACAUCGGAAAGAAAUCUUUCUGCAGUCUGAACAAUGAUUACAAUCUGAAGGUGGUUAGGACGGAAAAGAAAUGAAGUAUGACCAGUGGGAGUGUUUCUUUGCAGUCCUCCAGCUCCUCCACCAGAUGUUUGUCUCAAGAUCAGAAAUGUUUCAGGUUCUUGGCCCAGUUGAUCCUGUUGUUGUUUUCCCUGGUGAAGAUGCUGUCCUGCCCUGUUACCUCUCACCAGACAUCAGCACUGGGGACCUAGAGAUCAAGUGGUUUCGAGAAGAUUACAGAACAGCUGUGUGUUUAUACCAAUAUGGGAGCUAUAACUUUGAAAAACAGAACCCUUCUUACAGCGGAAGAGCUGAGCUUUUCCCAGAGGAGCUCCCCAGAGGAAACAUGUCUCUAAAACUGAAGGAUGUGAGGCGCUCUGACCAUGGAAAGUAUAAAUGUGUGGUGGAGUCUGCAGAACAUUAUGAAGAUGCUCUCAUUGAUCUGUCCAUUAGAGCUCUGGGUUCCCAGCCCUCAGUGUCUCUCCACUCCUCUGGAGGAGCUGAGGACCAGCUGCUAUGUAGAUCAGAGGGGUGGUUCCCUGAACCUGCAGUGAUCUGGACAGACAGGGAUGGAAACGAUGUGACAUCACUGUCCAACACCACAGUGGAAAAGGACAGUCUGGGGCUACUUAAUGUCAGGAGCUACAUUCCUGUCACACAGGAAUCCAACAUUUUCUCCUGUCUGAUUAGAAGUGUUCUACCUGAACCCGACUGUGGAUCACAGCUCCACAUAUCUGGAGACAUUUUCCAUGGACCCUCUGGAUGGAUGGUGACUCUUUUCUUAACAAUAGCUGUUACUGUAGCAGCAUUAGCAUUUCUGGUGAUCCAGUGGAGAAGAAUGGAAAGGGAACAGAUGCUCUGGGAAUCCAAACGAGAUACAUUAGUACUUCUUAAAGAACUAGGAGUAGGGCGGCCCAUUCCUAAUCAAGCUGAUGUGAUUCUGGACCCUGACACAGCAAAUCCUGCACUCAUCCUGUCUGCAGAUAGGAAGAGACUGAGAAAGGGAGAAAAACAGGAUCUCCCCGGCAAUCCACAGCGAUUUGAUUACUGGUCCUGUGUCCUAAGCAGGGAGGGCUUCACCUUAGGAAGGCACUACUGGGAGGUGGAAGUGAAUGAUGACUGGAUAAUAGGGGUGACCAGAGAGUCUGCCACGAGGAAAGGGGGGAUCAACUUCACUCCCCGGGGGGGCUACUGGGGUCUGUGCUCUGGCUAUUCUGGUUUCUGUGCUCUCACGGACCCUGUAACGCGCCUGCAACGAAGUGGCCUACACAGGAAGGUGGGAGUGUGUGUGGAUAUAGAAGAAAGGCAGGUCUCCUUUUACACCGUAGAGUCCAGAGCUCAUAUCUACACUUUCAAUGAUAUGGACUUUAAUCAGGGGGAGAAGGUCUAUCCAGUCUUCAGGACUCGUGAUCGUUGUAAAGACCUUGUGCUGCUGCCCCCUGUCUGCUGUGGAGAUUACAGACAUCAACAAUUUUAAUUUAUGGCGUGAUCUGGGGUGUACAGUGAAGUCUUGACCACACCUUGUAAAAGGUAAGGUGUGUUUUAGGAUACAGUGUCUGUGAGAGACUCAAGACCACAUGAGUGUUAAAAUAUUUAAAGACAAUUGCUACAAAAAUAAAAAUGUAAAUUGACUGAGAUCUUACUCUUUAAACAU